AUGAGCCAAAGUGGCAUUGGCGAGCCAUCGUCCCAAAAACUUCACCCCUUCUUCGCCAAAGGGACCUCCUGCGACCCGAGUUCGGCGGUUCCGACAUCUAACUUUGUGAACGACUCACGGUUUGACGAACAUAAUACUCCUAACUCGACACUUGAAGCAGGACACGAUGCUCCCCCCGCGAAAAGACAUAAAUCAGAGCAUCAGGAAUCCCACUAUGACCCCGGGAUAGGCAGCCUAAAAAACAGCACAGCAACUGGCACAUCCGAAGCUUCCCCAGCCUGUCCUCUUCCCGCUGUUUCCGACCAACCUUUGCCGACUUCGCAGCAAGUGAAUGCCAAUUCAGUACCAAAUCAACAGGGACUGCAAUCUGGCCCCCACAAUGUUGCGAAUGCCGUGGGUCCUGACACCGCGCAGGCAGCUUCACUACCGAGCUGCAUUCAGCAUUCUGAACAACAUGAACAACGUGAGGGAAAGAAGGUCCUCAAGCUGAAUUCUAAGACCGGGACUCUAGGCUCUCCGCCAAAGCCAAAGCAAAAGCCUAAGAAAAACUCCCGCAUAGUCUGCAUCAAAUAUGGCCACAACGAGAAAUCCAGGAGUGAAAUUGGACUCAAGAUUGCUCAGAUUCUGGAUGGCUCCCUACAACUCCCAAGAACACCCACGAAACCGCGAUCAAACAAGAGGUCAACCAGAAAUAGUGAUAAUCCAGCCAAACCCUCGUCUUCUAUGAAGGUUACUCACCCCUUCUUCUCGGGGAAACCCAAAGCACGUUCGUCAACGCCUGCUCAACCAACAGAAUCCGUCACAAAAUCACCGUCAAAGAGGAAUUCUGUAUUUAUGUCCACGCCCGUCUCUCCGAGGAAGCCGAGAAACCCUUUCUCACCGGCAAAUACUACAAGGAUGCCCCAGUUCGGGAUUAAGUCUGGGGGUACCAAAGUGCCUGGGGCCAAAUAUCCAAUGUGGCCAACAAAAGGCAUGUCACAUAUUCGAGGAAAUGACGUCUAUCCAAUUACCGCUGAAGAAAAUGGAGUUGAAACCGGAGGUUCCAAAAAAUCGAAAGGUCAAGUCACAUUAAUCAGCCCAGGUGAAUCAGUGCUAGUAGUUGUUGCAGACCGAAUCGACAUUGAAAGGGUUCGCUGUAACUUGCCGCAAGAUGCCGACUCUUUCAAUCCCGCCCCGGCAGAGCUUCGUAUACCGCAGAAACGAUGUGAGAGUGGUCCAAAAUUGCAACAUCGAAUACGAUCCCAACUCACAACUACCUCACAUUUGGCAUUGGCGGGCGUGGAAGAUCUGAGUGUCGAUGAAUUGGCUGGGCCAGCGCCAAAGUUGGCUCAUCCAGCAAUUAGCCGGCACUACCUGUCACUGGGAACACAAUUAUCAGCAUACGAUAGGUCGACCUGCGAAAGUUUAUCUUGGACACACAAAUAUGCACCCGCCUCAGCCGCUCAAGUUCUGCAAAAACACAAUGAGGCCCAUCACAUCAAACAAUGGCUAGAAGCGAUGAAGGUCCAGUCAGUUGAAACUGGCAGUAGUGACUCGACAGGCGAUAAAGGUAGACAUAAAGCCGACGCAUUGCCCAAGAAAAAGAGAAAAAAGAACAAGGUGGAUGACUUCAUUGUCGAUACGGACGAGGAAGGAAGCGAAUUGGAAGAGAUUACUGGAAGCGACGGCGAAGGCAUCGCUCCCACGGAGGGUCUGAAGUCAGUUGUCCGAUUUGGCGGUCUUAGGUCCAAAGAACCCGGACGUUUAAAGAACAGCAUUAUCAUCAGCGGCCCACACGGGUGUGGCAAGACGGCUGCUGUAUACGCAAUUGCAAAAGAGCUAGAUUUUGAGGUCUUUGAGAUAAACUCUGGCACCCGGCGAAGCGGCAAAGAUAUUCUCGAAAGGGUUGGCGAUAUGACGCGAAACCACUUGGUUCAACAACACCGAGCUCAGCAACCACCAACAGACAGAGAGGCCGACGACGAGAGCAAGGAGUCAAAAUCCGGCAAGCAAGGUAUGAUGACAGCAUUCUUCAAGACCAAGGCUGCUCCAGAGAAGAAGGAGAAGCCAAAACCGUCUUCGGCAGCUCCAGCACCCAAGCCAUCUCCCAAGGGGCAGAAACAGUCUCUUAUCCUCAUUGAAGAGGCCGAUGUUUUGUAUGAAGAGGACAAGCAAUUCUGGGCCACGUUGAUGGGCAUGAUGAAUCAAUCGAGGCGGCCAUUCGUUAUCACCUGCAAUGAUGAGAGCCUCAUCCCGCUUCAGAGUCUAAAUCUCCAUGGGAUUUUCCGCUUUUCGCCAGCACCAAUGCCUGUGGCUGUAGAUCUUUGCCUCGUUAUUGCUGCAAAUGAAGGCCAUAGUCUGCGGAGGUCCGCUGUUGAGUCUCUGUAUCGGGCUCGGUAUCAUGACUUGCGAGCCACCAUUUCGGAUCUCAACUUCUGGUGUCAAAUCGGAGUAGGCGACCGCAGGGGAGGAUUCGACUGGUUUUACAAGCGGUGGCCUAAAGGUUGCGAUAUAGACAAACGUGGCGACAUAGUUCGAGUCAUUAGUGAAGACACGUACCAGAAUGGCAUGGGCUGGAUCGGCAGGGAUGUCAUUGUAUCAGAGUGCGACAGGUAUGACAGAGAAGUCGAGGCUUUACGGCAAUGUUGGAAUUUUUGGCGAGCGGACGUUGGCGAUUGGUGUCAGUCAAGCGAGCUAUGUAAGGUGACGAAAGCGACAUUGGAAGCUCCCGAAGCAUACGGCAAGAAAGCGGCUGCACUUGAGGCCCUUGAUCAGUUCUACCAGGCAAUGAGCGAUGCUGAUAUUUGUUCGGGUGGCGUCUGUGCAACCUGGAUGCGGGAACCGGUUGAUGCGUCUCUUCCUGAUCUUCCCACCAAGACGAGAGACGACUUCAUAAUCGGGCGCAGCUUGUUAGAAGCAGAUGGCUAUACACAAACCGCCAACCCGAGUAAGACGAUUUCAAUGGCGUUGAAAUCGCAAGCCCGGGCACAACUCCGUUCACAGCUGCAAGACAUACGACAGUCACCAGAUAGUCUGGGGUUGGGUCCGAUCGACGAGUCUUGGACGGUGUCAAGGCUAGAAGCAUCCUUCCACAAGAGUCCCAGCACUGUCACCAGGAUGGACAUUGCGUACGCAUUCGACCCCAUUGCUGUAGCGCCCAAGUCGCAGCCAUCUUCGCAUCUCGAUCCCUCCGUCUUUGACCGCACGAUGAGGUUGAUUGUUCUGGAUGUGGCUCCGUGGAUCCGUGGCAUCGUGGCCUUUGAGCAUCAACUCAUGCAGGAAAGGCUAAAGCUCAGCAGUAUUUUGAGCGAAGGCGGGACACGAAAGCGUAUGCGUAACACGAGAAGUGCGUACUCGGCUCUGGAAGGUGGCGAACGUGGAAGCACCCGACGAGAACAAUACUUUGGAGACUGUCUUACCACGCAGCUGGUAAUGAGAACUGGUGGUGAUUCUUGGCAAAAUUCCCUGGCCAGUGUACGAAGCAGUAUUCAUGGCACAGAAACGCCUACAAAUGAACGGGCCACACCAAUGGAAGAGACGGAUCUAUAA